CCUCCGAAUCCUCCAGGAGCGACUAAAUUCGGCGCUCAGAGCGGCGGCGCGUCACUGCGUCUGAUUCACACACACCGCGCGCUCAACUUCACCGGAGUCUCGCGGGGCUGCGCGUUAACGGGCGGCGCGCGCGGACAGACAAGAAGACGAAACCGGGACCAAAGGAGACGAGACACCGUGCAACAUAUUGCAAAAAAGAAAGAACGCAUAUGCGAGGACUCAGACUAUCCACACCUCCCUUAAAGACUGAACUGUCAAGUUGAUUUGAACAGUGUAUGAGGAGGCACCGAGACGCGCGCGCUCCUCCGACUGGAUACCCGUGUACGGAUUAAUCGCUCAAAGUGGGAUUUGCCUCAAAAAAAAAAAAAAAAAAAAAAAAUUGUUAUUAUUAUUAUUAUUAUAAUAAGCGCGCUCGCUUGCCUCGCGCCUGUGGAUUGUGUUGUUGUUGUUGUUGUUGUUAUUAGUAUAAUUCUGAUUUUAUAUAAGUUGCAAGAUGAGCUCGGGCUGUUUGCUCAGGUCUCUGCUGAUGCUCUUCCUGGCGCUUCUCUCCGCCAACGCGAGCAACUGGCUGUAUCUGGCUAAGCUGUCGUCCGUGGGGAGCAUCUCUGAUGAGGAGACCUGCGAGAAGCUGCGAGGUCUCAUCCAGAGGCAGGUGCAGAUCUGCAAGCGCAACGUGGAGGUGAUGGACGCUGUACGCCGGGGCGCUCAGCUCGCAAUCGACGAGUGCCAGUACCAGUUCCGUAACCGGCGGUGGAACUGCUCCACGUUGGACUCCAUGCCUGUCUUCGGCAAGGUGGUCACGCAAGGCACGAGGGAGGCGGCGUUUGUGUACGCCAUCUCUGCUGCAAGCGUUGCGUACGCGGUGACCAGGGCGUGCAGCAGCGGGGAGCUCGAGAAGUGCGGCUGCGACCGCAACGUUCACGGCGUGAGCCCUCAGGGGUUCCAGUGGUCAGGGUGCUCUGACAACAUCGCCUAUGGAGUCGCCUUCUCCCAGUCCUUCGUCGAUGUCAGAGAAAGAAGCAAAGGGCAGUCGUCCAACAGAGCCCUAAUGAAUCUCCAUAAUAAUGAGGCAGGGAGGAAGGCGAUUCUGAGCCACAUGCGAGUGGACUGCAAGUGCCACGGUGUUUCCGGCUCGUGCGAGGUGAAGACCUGCUGGAAAGCCAUGCCUCCUUUCCGCAAGGUUGGCAACAUCAUCAAGGAGAAGUUUGACGGCGCCACCGAGGUGGAGCAGCGCAAGGUGGGCACCACCCGAGCUCUGGUCCCGCGCAACUCGCAGUUCAAGCCGCACACAGACGAGGACCUGGUCUACUUGGACCCAAGCCCCGACUUCUGCGAGCAUGACCCGAGGACACCAGGCAUGCUGGGAACGGUGGGCCGCUACUGCAACAAGACCUCGAAAGCCAUCGACGGCUGCGAGCUCAUGUGCUGCGGGCGCGGCUUCCACACGCAAGAGGUGGAGGUGGUAGACAGGUGCAGCUGCAAAUUCCACUGGUGCUGCUACGUCAAGUGCAAACAGUGCCGCAAGAUGGUGGAGAUGCACACGUGUCGGUGAUGCUCUCCUCCAAACCCCUCCCCUUGCUUUCUCUCCACUGAACUUAAUGGAAAAACUCCCUCUUUCCUUCUUUGACUCCAAACAGAAUAAAAGAAAAGAAAAAAAGGGAAGAUAGAGAUAUUCACAGAUUCAUCCAGUUAUAAAAGAACAUGUCAUACAUGGGACACAAUUUUAGGGGCAAAUAGAGUUCUUUUUUAUUUCAAGUCCCACUUGAGAGUAUUUUUCUCUCCAUUUUUUGUGGUUACUUUCUUAUUUUUGUAUUGUUUUCUAACUUAUUGGAAUCGGAGUGAUUUUUUUUUGUAAUGUGACUAGCUCCAGUGGGAGUGGUGUAAGGGUGGAGGAGGGUUGGAUGGACUUUGCGGUGGUUGAAGGAGACAAAGAGACUUCCCCCUCCCACUAUCGAUGCUGCUUUAGGAUCUUAUCUGGAGUGACGGACAUCAAGGGAAUUUCUAACAGACUGAGAUGCAGUCCAGGUGUACAUCUAUAUUAUUUUUUCAUUUCAUGUCAAAAAAACAGCAUUUUAGAUAGAGGUGGCCAUUUUUAUGCUGCUUUGAAAAAAAAAAUCACUCACACAUAAUGUACAGCGUUGGUCUUUUAUAUAAAUUUAUAUAAAUAUAUAUAUAUAUGAGUAUUAAGGAGUUUCUCCUCUUUUGUAGGGAAAAAAAGGAAACGCAUCAUAAUUUUCCAUGGGGUGUUACUAGGCAAACUCAGAAGGCAGGAUUAAAAAAAUAAGUGCACAAGUUGUGUAUUAAAUCCAGUCGUUAGUUAGCGAUGAAAACAGGUUACUGGCAUGGAUCUGUGACCAUGUUUCCAAAACGAUGAUAAACAAGUUGUUUGGUCGGACCACGGAUGCUGUGCACGGUGACUCCAGCACUUUUCAUCUCCAGAUGCACAUACCGCUAAAGAUAAAAAUCUCAGAGCAUUCCCUCUUCCACUAAACGUGAAGCAGAGUGUCUGAACUAUUUAUGACCAUGUACAAAAAGAAAAAAAACCAUAAUUCCAUAUUGUUCUAUAGUACAACCUUGCUAUACAGCACGCUUCUAAAGAACCAUAGCUCUGUAAAAGACUUUAUACACUGAAGAGGACUAUACUGCAUAUGAAUGUACGUUUAAAUGAAAUAUAUGCCUUUUGAAAGACGAGAGAACGAGACCUGCUGUAUUUCUUCCCCGUGAAAGCUUGCCAUUGUGCUGAUGAUGCUCGUCCAUAUCGCAUAGAUACACAUAACACACCUCUCUCAUUUAUUUAUUUUCUCUUUAUUUUCUAUUCUUCUGCAAAAGAAUAACAUUAAAAUAAUAAGAAUUUUUAGUUCCGUCUGGCUUUACACGCUAUAACGUUACUAAUGAUUGAUAAAUAGUGUUUCCAUUUGAACACAAUAUUUGGCUGUAUAACAGUUGAAACAAUACUCAUCAAUACAGACACAUUCUGUAUUUUUAAAAUGAUGACGUUGGUAGUAGACUCAGACGUUUGGAGCCUGAAUAAGAGAUAAAAGGCAGAGGUCAGUGCAUGACAUGUCCAGCUUGCACACCCAGCUGCCUGGUGACACGGCCUGGACUGCACCCAUCAUACCAAGAACAAUAAAUAUUUAUGGAAACUAUGUGACAGGAAUGAGGGAUGUUGGCCAUCACGUACGUGUGGUUUGGUGCUCUAAAAUACUAAAGAUGGUUCUGCCCUCACCUCAACAUCACCACUGGCUCAGCUGUUGCCCCAAUGAAGCUUUUUAUAAGCACUGAGUUUUUAAAUGAGCUCACUGCCGCGGCGGACAUGAGUCAGUAGAUAAAAUGGUGGGUAGAAAAGACAAAUAUCUACAUCGCCAAGCUUAUAACAUAGAUCACUUGAGGACAACGUGCACGGCGAUGACAGAAAUAGAAGGUAUUUUACUGUUAACGUGUGCAGUGACUGGACAGAAACUUAAAACGUUAAGAGGAGACAGGAGGACACUGCCAAGUACUUAGAUAUCACCUUUCUACUUAAGCAUGUCUGAUGUAACUCUUAAAUUGCGCUGCAGUAAAAGUGGAAGUAGAUUCCAUCCAACCGAGGUGACACUUUCAGUUUAAUGUAUUAAGUAGCCCCGAGCUGAACAUAAAUUUCAUUGCAUCGAUGCUUCGCUUCUAGAAAGAAAAAUAAAAUAAAAACUCAUCCACAAUUACAUCUUAUGUGCUCUUUCCAGCUCAAAUGAUCACCAUCCGCAGAGCACAUGGUUUCCAGAACGUCUUUUAUAGCCCUACAGCAGGUUUUCUCAAAGGUCUGGCUCUAAUAAGCUUGGGAUUAUGGUAGGAGGAUGGGGGCGGUUUGAAAAGUGGAGGCAGUUGUCUGUUAUUUUGGUAGGCAAAAUUAAAAUGGGGGGCAUCACUGUGGCCACAAAAUCCUCGUAAUACCAGCACAUCCUGUGGAUUCUUUUUUUUCCCCUUUUUUGGAAGUACCGAUACUGGGGCCGCUUUUUGUUCAGCAAAGCUAGAUGCAGUUGCAGAGACAGAGCCAGUGCGUUGUUACUGAAAGAUGGUAUGGACUACUACAUUUCCUCAAGGUUGAUGAAUAAAUUAAGAAAUUAUGAAAGUCACUAUUAGGUAUCACCUAUAAACGAAUGAAAAGAGAGAGAGUGUGUAUGUGUGUAUAGACCUGGGGGGGACUUUGCUUGGUGAAAUACAUUCCUGUCAUACAAUCCAGAAUGGUCCUGUUACAGCCUCUGACAGAAAUACCACACAGUAAUUUAAUAUUUGUAGAGGCUUUUCCUGAGACAUAACAUGAUUAUCAAGGUACAAUUCAAUAAAGGGUUUUUGAGAUCAGAGGCUUUAGCCUUUCAGCUACUUUUUAUAUGAUUUUUUUUUCGGAAAUGAAAGCUAUCUGUAAUUAGGCAAGGCUAUAUGACUUAGUUAUUCUAAGACUCCUGACAAUUCCGUGCAUUUGGAAAACAAAAUCAAUACAAAACCAUAAUGCAAUUAUCUUAUGUUUCAACUUGAGUUCCACUUUGAGUUUGGCGUUUCAUUUGAUAAAUUAUGGGUUACAGCCACUCCAAAACCUUGCCUGAAUCGCGAAAGGAAAGAAAAAAAAGGAUAAGGAGACUCAAAGUGCUUUGGUCUCUCCUUCAAGGCUCGCCUCAAAACUCACAGAUCUCCACCAACAUACUUCUCAUAUUAAAAGAAAACAAGUUACACAAAUGAGACAGAUGUUUCUUGUUUGUGAUGACAGUUGCAUUACUUCCCCCCACCACCCUCCUCCAUCCAUUUUUUUUCCCCAUCGCAAAAAGCACCAGGUUGUGCAAUACACAAGCAAGGCCCUUACAAUAUGCGACCCAAUACCAAGGACCUCGACAAGCAACGACAACUGAUUCAUCGUAAAGGUCAAGUUUUUGGAUGGCAAGGUUCAUUUCCUCUCCGAAAUCUCACCACCUUUCCCAGGUGAGUCAACCUCUUACUAAAACUGACACAAGCAAACGCAUACCGAGGCAUUUUUAAAAUUCCAGGACAAACUUAUUAAAGUCCCCCAGAGACACAGCAUCCAUAUCGUAUUAUGAAAGUGACUAGAGAAGCCUGUGCAUGUACAUAGCAAACAAUACUUUUAAUCCUCCGGUUCUUGACAACCCCAUCCUGUUGGCUUUAUUCCCAGGCAAGUGCCGGUGUGGAGUUUCUGUUUCUGUGGUAAAGAAUGCAAACCUAAAAGACCUUGGUGCGCAGCCUCUCAAGAACGUGGCAGAAAGUGGUAGGGUGAAUAAGAGAGAGCGAGCCUGAAUUUCACGCUUCCCUAUUCCCAUUCUUUUUGAAAAACAUGCCAUCAUGGGCGUCUCAAACAAUCGUUGCAGAAUUUCAAGUCGAGGCGAGCCCCCGGAUUUUGCUACGGCAGCCCCUCAAUGUGUAGUAUUGUUUCAGCACGAACCACAAGAAUGCUUCCACAAUGGCUCAACCAUCAAGAAUUGAUAUAUGAAGCCUUUUCCAAUCCAUGUGCUUAUGCUUUGGAAGCUAAAUUUGAAUCCACAUAUCUGAACAGUGAUGCAACUGUCAAAUCUGGAAGAGUGCCGGAAAAGGAGGGGGCGGUAGGAGGUGAGACGGAGUCUUAGGGCCCUGAGUACACAGGAAGACCAACGGGGGUCUACAGAACAAAAUUGGUGGGGGUGUCAGGGGACUUUAUAGGUGUCCAUGCACUUCUGUAAAGGUGGGAUGUGACCUGUACAACCCAAGAUCACGCCCUAUGAUUGAGAACACAGGUGUGGAGAAUCUUACGAAACUGCUGUCCAAGAGAAGGGUAAUAAAGAGAAUGCUGGUAGGAGGUGAUGAUUCAUAGGGCCCUGAGUACACAGGAAGCCCAACAAGGUUCUACAGAACAAAAGUUUUUUGUCUGGGGACCCAAACUUCCUGUAGGUGCCCCUGUAAAUCUGUAAAGGCGGCAUGCACCCUAUAUAAACCAAUAGGUCCUGUGUCUGAGAACACAAGUGUGUACAAUAGUAGUAAUUUUUUUUUACCCAAGAGAAGAGCGUAAUACAGAAUUAUCGUGUGAGGUGAGGAGGUUACCCUGGGCCCUGAGUAGAAAACUGUCCAUGGUGGGGGGUGUUAGGGGACUCAAAGUUAUAAAAACAACCCUGUAAAUCUGUAAAUGUGUGAUGCGACCUACACAACCCAGGAUCAAGCUCUGAUGAGAUACAGGUGUGGAGAACAUUGUGAAUUUUUUAAAUCCAAAAACAGGGUAGAAUAUAGCAUAGUGUUAGGUGGUGAGUGCCAUCCAAGCUCUUAUCAGUGCCCCUGUAAAUCUGUAAAGAAUGUAUGCGACUUGUAAAACCCAAUAUCUUGACCAGGUUUGAUCCAAAGAAGGGCAUAAUACAGAAUAGUGGCGAGAGGUAAGAUGGAUUCUUUGGACCCUGAGUAAACAAGAAGCCCAAGGGGGUCCAAAAUUGUCCAUGAUCAGAUCCCCUGAAACCCAUCCAAGUUCCUAUCAGUGCUGCUGUAAAUCAGUGAAGGUGGAAUGCUACCUGUAUAACCCAAUAUCAUGCCCUGAAAGAGGAUGGUAGUAGGAAGUAGGGGAGGGGGUUCUUAGAGCCCUGAGUAGACCAGAAGCCCAACAGGGUUCUACAGAUCAAAAUUCUCCAUGCUGUGAGCUGUCAGGCGACCCACAGUUCUUUUAGGUGCCCCUGUAAAUCUGUAAAGGUGGAGUGCGACCUGUACAACCCAAUAUCAUGCCCGGUGAUUAAGAACACAGGUGUGGAGGAUAUUACAAAAUUGUUAUUGUUAAGGGAAGGACAUAAUAAAGAGAAUAUGUAUAGCACAAAUCCUUCACCCAGGAUUUCUCCAGCCACCUGUACCAUGAGUCCAUGCUAGCUGGCGUCAAUAGUUUGGACUUGGUUGCCCUGUGUUCACGUUACGGAUGCUCGACCAUCUUGGUCAACACACACACCUUGAACACCUGUUGGGAUUCGAAUCCUGCACCAGAGGAGACGGCCCGUGAAUGAAACGCAUGUAUCCCAAAACCGUAAGUGAAAAAUAUUGUCAUUUUUCCACUGUGAAACAUGGCACUCGUCACUGUUGGCUUCCCUGCUGUUAAACAUCGCUGUUGCGCUGAGGGCGCUCAUGCUCAUGCUGAAGCUGGCACAGGGCCACAUGCUGACAGGGUGAGAAAUGCAUUGAGCAGGCCCUGUGGCUCUGUCUGCUUUUCUUACCAUCACACCCAUUGAAAAUGAUUUAGAAGGAAAAUCCCAUUCUUGAUUUUAACAGUGCAUCAGAGGAUAACAUUAAACAGUCUUAUGAUGCAUGCACAUGAUGUAAAAGCAGACUCGCGUUAAUAUUUAAUUACCUUGCGCUAGCAGAUUUCGGCAUUAGUUUGAAAGAGUGGUGCAUGCCAAAAAGCUCAAAAGAAACUUGUGCAUCUCAUAGAGGGCCAACAAAAUGAGAAAUGUAAUGUCUUUAAGAUGUUUUAGCUUUGCACAAAGGGCUGGUGUGGUGAUCCGGGUCACAGAAUAGGUCCAGAAAAACAUUCAAAGCGACACACUAAAUGACUAAAUCAAUAUAAAAAGAGCAUGCAUGUUAUAAAAGUGAGUAUAUCCCGAUUGCUCUUCAUGUCACGUACAAGCGAAAGAUAAACGAAAGCCGAGUUAAGAGGAAAACACAACGCAUUCCUUUAGCCGAUCCAGUGUAAAGACAGCAUGCGUGUUCCUACAAUGCAGCCACGGUAGGUAUGCACCUUCCCGAGUUCAGGCUUCACACGUUGCCAUGGCACAGAUGGCUAAAGGUUGGGAGGAGAGGAGGGGCCUGGGAGAUGUGGGCUUUUUGAUUUAUGACUCUGCGAUAUUUCAUCGCAGCAUAGCUGUCUCACUCCACAGGCUCACUUUUCAACAAAUCCCGAGCAUGUUUGGCUUUGACUGGCAUACGGUAUCAGAUGCUUCCCUCAACCCUUCUCCAAAGCACAAGGGGCUUAUCUACACUUCAUCUCCCACUGCGCUGACUUACUCCUGACACACCACUGACAGCACCAUUAAGCUCAAACUGGGGUUCCACCCGCUAGCAAUAUUCAUAGGCUUAUCUAGCAGUCUGUAAUUGCUUCAUGCCCCAGGUUUGGCCUUUUUGUCCUAAUUGGGCUUCCCAGAGGUGCUGGUUAAAACAAGAUGUGAUCGGCCAUGAUCAAGAAAAAUGCCAUCCUGAGGGAGAGAUCGCACUGCUCUCAGUAGAAGCAAACGGCAGAGAAGUCAAAGUGUUUGUUUUGGAUUUGAAUCAGCUCUACUGCGGCUAAAAUUAAGGCCAGAAAAAAGUCCAGAGCAGCCACAUGGACAAUACUUUAGUCUACACUGGAUGACUAAUGGCUUGUUCUAUCUGAUUGAUGCGCCAUUUAAAUAAGACUUUUGGGAACGUUAAUGGAGCGUGUGCAAUGAAAUCUUAUUGCGGUAGACCUGGACAGCAUCAAUCCUGCUUCGAUCACACCUUUGAGGAUAUGCAUGCAGUGCGCUAACAGCUACACUAAUUGAGAAUGAUGAAUAAAGCUGGUAGGGGUUUACCAGUUUCUCACUUGGGGAUGUGCUGUUAUAGGAAAAUAAUCAACGACAGAGUGGUGUGAUGAAGCAGAGUUACUGUUACCACUCAGAAGUUGAUCAUUUUCCAUGAACAGCAGCAAUUUGCCAACAAUUACAAUAAAACAAAAUAUAUUAACCAUCAAUAUGUUAUACUUUUUAUCUGUUUAGAGUUACUUUUAAUGUUGUGGAAUGUCCACAAAACAAGUGAGUAGAUCAACAUGCUUCCAGAAAACCGUAAAGCGUAAUGUCCUCCCUCCUGAAGACUCUCCCGUGUCGAAAAAUAAGCUGACACUGGAGACUCCUUCCAAAAAUAUUAAAUAAAUGAGUCAUUCACUAUAUUAACAAUAAAAUAUGUCUGUCAAACAAGUCCCUGUGCAAGCUGGUACUAUAGAAACGAUAACGUAUUAGAAUCAGUAUCAGAAUCGAGUAUCAGAAUCGAGAAUUUUAAAGCGGCGUCAAAACUGUAAUGCACAAUGUAAAGCACAAUGAGUUUCUCUUAUGGCUACAAAAAGUAAGCAUCAAAUAAGCAUUUGUAAAACAUCUAUGUUCUUUGCAGGCCAAAUCUUCACCCAGUGAAUUAUGAUGUUCAUAAACGAGCAUGGAGAGAGUUCAUGUGACGAGAGAACAGCUGGCCGUGGUUCCACAGCCGGAGCGUGGAAACUUGACUUCAUGCGUGCCCGUCCUGGCAGAGCUGUCACUGGGAGCAGCCUGUAUUGUGAUAGCGAUGCUGAUAACCAGGACUCGUGCAGGUGGUCGCCCCCACCUAGCAAGAAAAAAAAAAAACCACAAAGAAUACCAGCCAUUCCACACGCGGCAUAAUUAAUCGCCUUCUGCGGCUAUUUAGCGCAAGUGCUUGCUGACAGAUAUCGUCCAAGACACUCGAGGAAUGUGUAAAGGGACCCUGUACAGUCAACUCAAUACAUCCCAACCCCCACUGGUGAAGCUCAAACCGUGGUAUGUGUCUUGAGGGGCUUUUCUUUCAUUCUGUAUAUGGGAUUUCCCCCUAUUGUCAAUCUCCAAACAUAUACCCCUAAGCGUGAAUGGAGAGAUUAAGUCCCGUCCAGAUGAAAACAGUUUUGAGUCACUGAACAUGAAGCUCUGGUGGAGGUGGAAAAAUUCUUAUGGGAAAAACGUAUGUUUUUGGCACAGCGUCAACUUGCGCAUGCUCAUUACAAUGUCUUAUGAAUGUGUUAGGACUCUUGGCUUAAUUUCUUAUUUUUCAUAACGUGCAAUUAACUUCGCUUCAUUUUGUACAGAAUGUAGAGAAUAUGAUCUACGCUGUACUGCUCCUGAAUCCAGUGCUACAAAACGCACUGUGAAUGGAGAUUCUGGAUAAGACCCGGAUGAACCCUUGGUAUUCAUGUGAAACCUUAAGCAGAAGUUCCACCUCAUCGUCAAUCCACUAUUUUUAAUCCUCGUGUCAUUUUAGGACUUUUCGCCAUGUUGGUGUUUUAUCACAUUUUUGCUUUUUCAUGUGGAAGGAGAUGGGUUUAACGCUUUCAUGCCAAUCUCAAUGCAGCAUAUCUGCGGUAAUUUUUCACAAUCUUUCUGCACAAACUCCCAAAAGUUUUAAUUUUUUAAAAAUUAUUAUUUUUUUUUUUUUAUUUUCAGUGGAAGGUAGAUCUUAUACUUCUGAAAUCAGCUGCAUUAUGCAUCAAUCCUAGACUGUAAAUUUUGUUACAAAAAUUAUGUUCACAAAUUAUAUAAUUUCUAUCAUUUUGCUCAACAUAUUUUAGACCCAAAUGUUAGUUUAAGGUAUAUUGUCUGUUUUUUUUUAAACUUCUACACAUGGACAAUCCAUUUACUUUUUAGUACAAGUGAUAUUUAUAAAAACAUCUAAAGAAUAUGGUCUAUUUUUAAAAAAAAAAUGUACAUAUGAAAUGGUUAAAAAGACUCCAGCGUAGACCAGUGUGUACGUGGCCUUUUGAAAUCAUACGGUAAAGCUAAGACAAGGGUGUUACUUUCUCGAUCCAGAUUACACCCAAAAUAAAAAGUUUUCAAAAUGAAAUCAUUGUAUAUUUCAGCCGUGCUCGACAACAUCCCGCUCUAUUCAGAAAUCACAGCUCGCCCAUUUGUUAUAAUUGAACCCGAGAAGAAAAACAAGGUAAAAGGACGACACACUGGAGGACAGGCGAUCUAUCAACACCUCAGGGAGGCAGUGUUGAUCUAGAACCGGCGCAGUGCUCCAAAGUAUCCCUCGUCAUCUCGUCAUCCAUCAUGGUCGAGUGCAACGUUACAGUAUGUAUUGACACCCUCUGUGCUUUUGACACAACCGACAUGGAUCAGCAUGUUACAUAGCUCAUGUCUGCUAGGCGUUUUAAGCUACCAGUGCUAACGCAAACACAUUGCACGCUUGGAUAAGCUCCAAGACGGGGGGGGUGACUGUUUAAACAUAUAUUCAGCAAAGAGUUUUUUUUUUUUUUUUGAACCUUCAAAAUUACAAAAAAGUAAAUAAAUAAAUAAAUU